AUGAUUCGAGGCCAGCAGUCGCAGUGGUCCAAGUGCGGCAACUGCGGCACCUGGGAUUGGAACAAGAACCUCUCGAGUCGCAAGUGCAGUUGCGCCAAGUGUGGGCACACCGUCCAGUUAUUUGAGGUGGUGGAGGUGACCGAGGCGUUGCGGGCCCAGUUCACCCCAUCCACGGCACCGAGCAAGGCGUCCACAGCUGAAGAUACUCUGAAGCGUGUCUCGGGCCAGUGGAGAGACGCCAAUGCAAAACAUGAUCAAGCAGUUGCCGCAGUCAUCCGCUGCCAGGCCAACUUGGACAGGGCCCAGCAGCGGGAGAAGGAGGCGGCGAUGAUACUCGCACAAGCAGACGUAGAGCGGAAGCAAGCUACGGCAGUUUUCGCCAAAGAAGUGGGAGGCGGCGCAGGCGAAGGCCAGCGUGGACAGGCUGACACAUCUGCCGAUUUCGACAUUGUUUGGGAUGACACACGAUUCCAGGAUCUGGAUCAGCUGGAUGGGAUUGAGGCGGCAGAGAAAGAAGAUCUGCUGAAAGUCCGCCAGGAGCUCCAGCACUACAAGACGCAACUGGCAGCGAAGGGCGGGGACGUGAAGACCCGCAUCGCCCGAGCCAAGGCGUUGCGCGACACGAUCCACACACGGUCGGGCAAGAAGCGCAAGACGGAGACAGCCGACGGGGGUUUGGUCGAGGGUGGCAACGGCGCUCAGCCCAGCGAGGCACCUGCCACUGCGGCGCCUGACGGCGGAGAGGCGGCAGCGCCCACUGCUGAGGCCGAGGUUGCAACGACGGCCAGCUCUGAGGUCGAGGAGGCUGCAGCCAACAUCUCAGCCAGCAAGAUCGCUGCCGCGAAGGCCGCGGCCCACCUGGGGCAGGAGGCCCUCAGGGUCGUCAGCGGCAGCGGCGCCAGCGGCAACGGCGGCAAGAAGGGCAAGGGCGCCAG